AUGCCCCCCCCCCGCAACGUGGUCGGCGCCGCCGUUUGGGUAGAGCCCGUGCACUGCGGCGCAGCGGUGUCGGGCUCGGCCGUUGCGGGCCUCCCCGACCAUCGGCUGCUGCCCCGGCCUGGCGACGCGGCGUUUCUCGUCUCGCUGCGAGGUGGAAAUAUGGGCGCCGGCGCGGUGCCCGCCGCGGCAGGCAAGCGCCCGGAGCAGCAGGACACAAUGUUCCGUCUCGCCUUCGUAUCUCUGUCGUUGGACGCGCGCAGGUUCUUCCCGACGGGCCAGGAGGCCCCGGGCUCUCCGCGGCUGUCGGACGACGCCCGAGGACGACCCGUGGCAGGCGGUGCUCCGCGGCGACAGGGUGGAGGAGACUGGCGAUGUGGGAGUGGGGCGCGGACCCGUGGACGUACCGGAUCGCGCGCGAGGGGUGGACGAAGAAGCCUGAAGCGCAACGUCGGUGCCUGCCUGGCGAGCGGGUGGGCGAUCGCGCACUUCGACGACGGCUGCCUGUACGCUCCCCGCUACCUCGGCGAGAUGCUCGCGGAGCUCGCUCGGGUGGCCGGGGGCGAGGAGGCUGGACAGCCGGCCGCAGUCGCCCUCGCCAGGAUGCGGUUCGACUGCGGCUACUUCUCUGCCGCCGGGGGCGCCGUGGCGGAGGGGUCCCACGAGUCGAUCGAGCCCGGACACGACAGGCUGCGGGGCCUCAUCCGGCGCAUGGCCAUCUGCCGCAAUUGCGGCUGGCAGCUGGGAUGGAGGCACGAGCCCGAGGAGAAUGCGGCUCCCUGGCAGGCCUACGACCGGCAGUACCAGGAGAGCGGGCCGCGCUGCGAGGAGAGCCUGAAGCAGCUCCGCGGACCUGUGACCUGGUCAUCUGGCGGCACCUGCGGAUCCGCAGAGAGCCCGGCGAGCACGUGCCAGACGACGGGGGCGGGGGGGCAUCCAGGCACGCGGAGACGCAGCACAACCGCGGCCGCGGCGACGUCUGCCCGCUCGGCCACCAGCUCCGGCGCUUCUGCACGGGGCAGGGGAACGGCGGGGCCCCCGCGGUGUUCUACACUUGCGACCUGUGCGACGAGGACGCCCGGUGGAGCCAGCACUGGUACGGCUGCGGCUCGUGCGACUACGACGUCUGCGAGGAGUGCCUGCGCCGCAGGUGCGGGCUCGGGUCCGCCCAGUGAGCACGCCUCUUGGCGAGCCGGCGGCGCCUUCAGGGGCUCCCCCGUCGGCGCCGGCCCCGGUGCAGCGCGCCCGG